CCGCACUCGGCUUUUUUGGUUUGUCGUCUUUGCCUUCCCUUUCUCGCAUUGCUUUUUCCUCUUGUCGCGAUCGCCUGCUGGGCUCAACUUCCUCCCUUUUCAUACUCAUCUCUCCUUCGACGGCGCAACCCUCUAUCCUCAGUGUUACGACCUCCUCCCCAGUUUUCCAUCCAUUCCGCGGGUUAUUUACCCUGCCAUACCGUCCUAUCCGCUUGUUCCCCGGUCCUCCGUCAAAUCACCCCUUCGACUAGGCCCCUUUAUAUAUAGUAUAUAGACGGAGAUAACCGACAAUUCUCUUACUAACCUGGGGUUCGAUAUCCGGGGUUUCGUCGAUUCAUCUCGCGGUUGGAACUAUUCCGAUGACCAGAACUUCCGGUGCUUGGAUACACACCAUGAACCUGAGAUGAUACCUCAUCCUUCUGCCGGCGUCCACCCGUGGGGUCAUCCCCUGCGCGCCGUCAAUAGCGGCUCUGGACGUGUUGAUGUCUCUCAGGGUCUGAAUCAAUCCGACUUCCUUCCUGAGAAGCCGUCAAUGCCCGUGCCGCAACCGCAAACCAGAUCGCCGGCAGUCAUCGACCUUACAACCAGCAGCCAGGAUGCGCAGGAGAGGGAACCGCCAGCGAAACGACAAAGACUGGAUGUGCCUUCUGGGUCUGCGAUUGGGGAUGCGAGCCCGGUCCCCGUGGGUGGUGGGGAGUUAAAGAACACUGCGGGAUCUGCAAGUUCAAGGCCACCUACGGUACCGUGGCGUGGUCGGCCAGUAUGGUCCUUUCAGGCAUUGAUAUCAGAGACACCUGGAGGCGGGGAAGUCCAUGGGGAGACUACGGCGGCGCUCGCGCAGGGCGAGAAACCCGCAUCACUGCCUCCGUUUCCCACUAUGCCUUGGAAACACACCCCUCCGGAUUCUUCAGGAUCUACCAGGUCGCGGGAAAGCUCGCCAGUGAAGGAUGUCCAAACAACCCCAUAUCGCAUCGAAGUGCCUUCCAAUGCUCCUGCUCUCAAAGGUGAUAAAGUUGCGGAUUUCUCGCCAUGGACUGGCAAUCAUCCGGAGGAUGUGCUCAAUGAACAUACGGCAAAACAGGGGCAUUACGAUCGUACCCAGGUCUCCCAGAACGAGUCCAAUACGGCGCGUCCAUCUUUGUAUGCACAGUUGAAGCAUCGAUCCGGACUACAAAUGCUUUCAUCUGUUUUCGCAGCUGCGCUUGAGAAACGACAAAACCACAGCAUGGUCACCAACCCAUCUACAUUCAAGCCACCUCCCCGUGUUACCCUGACGGAUAAUAAGCGCGAGGCAUGGCUCCGUGACCUUGCCAAUCCAUCCGUCCCGUUGCGCAGGCUGAGCCGCACAAUCCCUCAUGGCAUUAGAGGCAAGGUUCUUUUGGACCAGUGUCUAAGUAAAUUGAUUCCUGUGGGCCGUGCUGUAUGGCUAGCCAAGUGUGUCGGUGCCAAUGAAAUCCGUGCCUUUAAAAGAAAGGGCACAAGUGGCGCCUUGGCCAUUGGCUUAGAGGCCAAAUGGGUCCGGGAUUGGACCACAAACGUCCAGCAAUUCCUCGAAGGAGUUCUAAGUAGUUGUGGGACGACAGACUGGAGAAUGAAGGUGACCUAUGCUGUCAGCUUAACAGCUCGCCUUUUCUUUGAGCAGCUGCUCGACCACGAUAAUUUCCUCGGGUGGUUUCUGUCUUCGAUGGAGUCAGCGCGUCUAAAUACCAUGCCCGUCUGGCUCUUGAUGCUUGGUAUUUAUUGGGAAAAUAUCAUGCGAUACAGAAAGCGGGGACGACGGCUGGCCGAGCUGUUACUUCAAAAGUUAAGCCAGGCCAUCAAGUCAGAGCAGGCAGCUUCUCUUCAACCACUCACUGAUCGCUUGUCUCUCUGCAUAAAAAAACUCGUCCUUGAACAUACCUCGUCGGCCAUACUCCCGGCUUCGUGGGGCAGCUACAAAGACUUAGUCUCAUCUUGCCUGAAUCUAGAGGAAAAUGUAGACAAGACUAUCUUCCAACACCUUGCGGAACGUAAUGCACGCGUGCAACCACCCAAGAAUUGCCAACUAACCGCGCAACACUCACCGCAACAACGCAUCAUUUAUCUUUUCGAUUCUAUGCGCUUUACACAUGACAUUUCCUCUAUCUCUGCUGCAUGUCUGACCAGUGUUGACGACAGAACUGCUCUGGUGUCUAAACUUUUAGAAUGGACCGCAACACCUUUUCGGUACGGCCUAUGUCGGGUAUAUGCAGGUGUCCGCCUUUUGCGAAAGUGGAAGAUGUCUGGUGUUGAUAUAGACUUCCACAUUCUCGCUUUUCUUACCGAGGCUCGCGGCGACGCCCAAUUAAAUAUGGGCAACAUCUAUCAUGCUAUUUCGGAACUCGUUCGAUCCCAAACGUUCUCCGUCGGUAGGUAUCUCCAGUGGCUUAUGGCGAAAGGAGUCACAAAUAGUCCCCAAGUAGACCAGCAUACGUCCAUAUCGGGUGAGGUUGGACUCUUAGCGCAGCUUCCUGUGAGCCGUCUACCCGAGCACGUACGCAACCUUCGCCAUACCCUGUUAGCACGUGCUGGGGUUUCGACGUUAGAGGAGGCAUCAAUCAUCGCAUCAGUCAAAGCAUCUAUUAGCCAGCAUCUUCCUAACAUCUUUGGUGUUGAUGUGCACAACAUCGUGCCUUGCGACCUGUCACAGCCGAAUCUGACGUGGGCAGUCAAGUAUGAGAUCGGACAGUGGAUUCGACGUGGAGUUAAUGAGCAUUGUAGGAUUUCAAACAGGAACAUACCUGGAGUGGACUUGUCUGCUGAUAUGAAGGUCUCUGCCCUUACUCCUAGCGAAUUUUACCAUAUCCGAGACAUCCUUGAGAGCUUUGGUGAUCUGUCUAUACUUGCAGAUGUACUCAAGCAGGCUGCGAAUUGCGACGACAAUACCGUGUUGGCCUCCGCUGCUGAUACACUCAACUACCAUUUCGAUUCUUUCUGCAUUAUCGGUGCUACAACGGAUCUAUUCAGAAGACUUGUUGAAGCGUACGCCCGUCUUAAGAGGCUUGGCACAACAAGUCUAGACUUGGUCUUUUCGCUCAUUGAAGUCGGCCUUCAAGUGCCUAAUGAGUCAAACACUGUGGCUCUUCUUCGACAGGAUCUUUCCCGAAUUGAAAGCAAGUCAGCUUUAGCAGCACCUUCGCCUCUCUCGGACCACAUACCUGAAAUAUUCAGCGAAAGCGACCCGUUAUUCCAUGAAAAGUUGAACCAGCUAUUGUCGUCUGGUAGUGGUAUCGACGAAUCCACAUUAGAUACGCUGUUCAAUGCGCUCACCAGGAUCCUACUAUCUGAUGAUCAAGGAAAGCUGACGAGGAAUGAUGCUUGUCGGUACCUAGCUCACCUGAGACCUUUCUACCCCAAACAUUUCGAUGCCAUGCUAAUUCGUUGGAUCUGCUGUGCCUUGAAAUCUGCUACUCGUCCCUCCUUGUCCAAGAUUCUUCCUCCACUCAUUGGUGUUGGCUGCGUUACCAUUCAAGCAUUCGUAUCAUUGGUAAAAAGACUCUCGCAGUCAGAGACAAUGGGGCCGACAAUUCAAGAUAUCGCCGCACUGCAGAUGGACAUCCUUGAGCUCCUUAUCCCGCCAUCUCAAGAGCAGAGAAGAUACUGCGACCUCGUUACCUAUCGCUUUCAUUUGGCGCAGCAGGAGUUCCUUGUCAAAUACCCUGAAGAAACGUUUGGCAUCAUUCACGACGCAGCAGCCUCGAUGAGUGCUCAGAAUCUUGAAUCAGAAUCUAACCCAAGACGAAGCGAUCUUGCAAACUAUAUGACAAUUCUGCUCUGUGAUUUGCUCACCCAACAUCCCGAGCGUGCCGCAAAAUAUUGCACACAAAAGCUUAUCGAUCAACAUCCAGCAUCUAUUGUUGCUUUGCAGAAGGCACUCGAUUUUCUUCUUGGCUUUGACACCCCCACAGAUCCGGGUUCAAACAUGUCCGAGGCUGAAAGGGUCAUCAGCAUGACCAAUGACUUCUCACUCCCUUUUUGCCAGCUGAAGCUCCAGGUACUGUUCAAUGCGGAGUCUGGGGAAGAAAUAGGGAAUGGUAUUGUGGAUGUAAUGUUCAAAGCUGCAGUGGCAGACUCGCGGGCAAAGAAAUCCAAUUGGGCAGGUCUUGUUUCUUUAAUGAGCCAAUCUGCUGUACGACAGAUUCGUGAACGGGCAGAGAAAGGGUUCUUUUCGGUCCCUCUGUUUGAAAACUCGGCUGACGACCAUUCGUCAAGUACGGCUGAUAACUCAAGCUCGCUCGAAACUGCAAAGCUUUACUUGACUAUUAUCGAAGAGCUGGCCUAUAGCAUUCCCGAGGCUGGUGUGAGCUCCAUCGCUCCUAUUCUCGUUGAGAAGAUGGAUUUUCUACUCCACAGACUCAUCAUUAUGCAAACGAAUUUCAGCAACUUUGCGGAGAACAGGCAUGGUGUGGCAGCAGAUAAAGCGAUUCAAUCUCGUUCGAAUUUCGAGAGAACAUUGGCUUUCUGGUUCUCUGCCCUGCUUAAAAUGGUGGUCAUCCACCGUUCUGCCUUCAACACGUCGCCGUCCUUGGCGCCUAAACCCAACAGCUUGCAGGAUCAAUCGCGUCUUUUGAUAUCAAUAUUUUGCAUAUCACUGUCGCGUCUUCCAGACAAUGCGUUGCGUCUCUUUCCUACUGCCAACUACUUCCCCCAUCCUGUCCAGCCCGAAAGCUAUCGACCCUGCCCUGGUAUUCUGUUGCAGACGCACGCGCUGGACGUUGCAGCGUCUUUGAUUGAUACGUUCCCUGACGAGGCUCGGCAUCAAUGCACACGUUUCCUCAAAGAGAAGUGUCCGCCCUUUCUUCAGCAUCAAAAUGAUUCUCGAUUCCUCUACCUUCUUGGUCCUGUGGCGGAUACUACAUCCCUAAAUCCUUCACAGCCUGCAUCUGCUCCCUCUCCUGCUGCUUCUGGCUCUGCAUCCACUCCAACACCGUCGGGUAAUCUCCCAGGUGGCACAUCCGCUCUUCAACAGCCUGUUGCGCCGCUUUCCGGGAUGUCGGAGACCUCAAACUGCGUUGCUAGUCGUCUUCGUCUGCAAUGCCGUGGACGUGUAAUCGGAGCAUACCCAGUCCGUCCUUGGGAGCUUCUGGAGGAUGCAGCCCCAAUCAUGGGGGCAAAUGAUACAGCAGUCAACCUGGGAUACUUUGAUGCAAGACGCAUCAGAGCCUAGGCAUGUAACCCGAAUUUUCUUGGGUAUAUGAACGCCAUUUAUCAUCACUGUAAAUAAUUCGCUUCUUUCUUUUGUCUUUUGUGAUUGUUGUCUUUCUCUCUUUCUUGCGGCUUGAUACCAUAUCCAUUUGCAUGUAUCUCUCAUUUAUUCCAUGCUUGUCAAGGUUCCAGGCAGAACCUUUGUUGCCACCUCUCACUGCAGCCUACGCCCAGUUCAGCCCG